GAUACGUUAUUUUGCAUUAGUAUGUUUUCACUAGACUCAGAGAAAAGACACGAAAGAGACUUGUUCUUAAGCCUCACUUUACUUCCUUAAUUUCCCUGAUAGGGUAGCGUAAAUUGUGCUCUCACACAACUACUUAAUACAAGAACAGCGAAGAAAUAACGCUCUGCAGCCCGCGCUCAUACCAUAACGAUUUAUGAUAGGUUGAAAAAUGUUAUUGUCUGAGCAGCCAAUGGUGAUGCGGAUCUAACUCUGACCAAUAGACAUGUACAAUGUGCCGCAGAGGACGGAACUUGACUCUCACGUCCAAUAAAAAAGGAGGAAAGGGAAACUCUUAAUUUGCAUAAGGCUUCUAUAAAUAGAGGGGCGGCCGCCAUUUAUUCUGUACUCUUGUUAUUAGGUAUUUAGAGAUUGAAGAGUAGCGUACAUCGAGUAUUUUAAAAUAGAAUAAAUUUUAUCAAGAUGCCUGAGCCAGCAAAAUCUGCUCCCGCUCCCAAGAAGGGCUCUAAAAAAGCUGUGACUAAGACUCAGAAGAAGGGUGAUAAGAAGCGCAGAAAGACAAGGAAGGAGAGUUAUUCCAUCUACGUGUACAAAGUGCUGAAACAAGUUCACCCGGACACCGGCAUCUCCUCUAAGGCCAUGGGCAUUAUGAACUCCUUUGUGAACGACAUCUUCGAGCGCAUCGCUGGGGAAGCGUCUCGCCUGGCUCAUUACAACAAGCGCUCGACCAUCACUUCUAGGGAAAUCCAGACCGCUGUGCGCCUGCUUCUGCCGGGGGAGUUGGCCAAACACGCUGUGUCUGAGGGCACCAAGGCCGUCACCAAGUACACCAGCUCCAAGUAAAUCGUUGCUGUGAGAGUACCAACACCUGUAACCCAAAGGCUCUUUUAAGAGCCAUCCACUUUCUCAUCCAAAGAGCUCUGAUAUCAUUAAUUGUUCUUGCUUAUGUUUUUCAAACUCCAACAAAGUUUUAUUUUUAAAGUGCUUUAGUCUCCGGCGACUUGUGAAAGCAUUUUUUAAAAUUGCGUACGUCCCCUAUAUCGGGGGGGACGACGACGACGACUGAUUUCGCUUUAGUAAAUGGCAUUGUCUAUUUAAACUAUACCGGGGUUUCAAAUUGUAAUGAAAAAAUGUCGGUGUCCCUCGUCCUCGUUUCCCCUCCCCCUCCCAAGCAAUAGUUCGGUGAGGUGUCACCCCC